AUGGCCCCUAUCAUCCACUGCGUUCGCCACGCCCAGGGCGUCCACAAUCUUUGCACUGAAAACCACGUUAUCCCCGAUCCCCAGCUCACCGACCUCGGAAUCGAACAAUGCCAGAAACUCCGCGACAGCUUCCCCCGCCAUGAUCAGAUCGACCUCGUAGUUGCCUCCCCGCUCCGUCGCACGAUAUACACGGCCCUGCAGAGCUUCGAGCCUGUCUUCAAAGCAAACCCCAACAUGAAACUGAUUCUGCUACCGGAUAUCCAAGAAACGAGCGACGUCCCGUGCGAUACCGGCUCAGACCCGGAGGUGCUGCGCAAGGAAAUCGAGGAGAAGGGACUACCAGUCGAUGCGAGCUUGGUGACUGAUGGAUGGAAUGUUAAGACCGGUCGCUACGCACCCACCAAUGCUGCAGUCGGUGGGCGUGCGCGCGCAGCUCGACGCUGGCUCAAGGCUAGACCGGAGAAGGAGAUCGCGAUGGUUUCGCACGGUGGUGUUCUACACUAUUUCACUGAGGAUUGGGAGGACAGCAGCCAGUUCCAGGGAACCGGCUGGGUCAACACAGAAUACCGCACAUACACCUACUCGGACAAGAUUGAUCUCGACGAUCUAGAAGACGAGAAGCUCGAUUCGGAUAAUGCUACCUUAGUUGAGACUCUUGAAUCGCGACAGCGCCGCGGCAAGCAGGGUCCCAUGGCUGAGCGACAGAAGCAGAAGGAGCUCUACAAAAGGGGUGUAGAUGGGUGGAAUGCCCAAGGGCUGCAGCUUAGUACCGCCGAGCGGGAGGCAGCCAAGGUGCCGGCUGGUAAGGAGGUCGAUGGGGUUCGUGUAUAG